AUGCGAUGGCGCCUAAGGCUGACAGCCACAGCCGAACCCCAGCGCAGAGGGUGUCCCGGAAGAGGGGACAGAAGGAGCAUGUUCACAUCUGCCCCCUACUAUCAGCUUGCUCUUCCUUUCCAACUGCUGUGGGAAGGCGGUCGUGCGGCCGAGGCCUGGGUAUUUCCUAGCUGGCUCACUCGGAUGACUCAUUGUGUGACCCCGCCAGCACUGAGGUUAGAGCGGCCCGGCAUCGCGGCGGGGCCGCCGCCAGGCUCCCAGCUGUCCCAGGCGCAGGGACGCACGCGGCCCUCCCGUCCCCGGCUCGUGCGGCGCCAGCCCCGGGAGCUCGGGCCGGGGUCGCCGGCAGGGACGGCCCGGGGUGACCGGCAUCCAGAGCGCACGCGCCGGCGCCCGGCGUGGGCCGAGGGGGGGGCCGGCGUUCUCGCGAGACCUGCGGCCGGGAGGGGCGGGGCCAGCGCGCGGGCACGCGCCCAGCGGCCGUUAGGGUGGGGCCUGCGGCGGGAGGGGCGGGGCGGGGCCAGGCCGGCCGGGCGCCGAUUGGCCGACGCGCGACGGGAAACGACUCGGCGCGAGCGGCGUGCGCGCUCCCCUGCCGUCGCGGUGGCGGCGGUGGCGAGCGGCGUCAGAGCUCGCUGGGGGGGUUGGCGGCUCCUGGCGGGCGUCGGUGUCGGCGUCGAGAGGAGGCGAGCGUCGGCCCGGCCCGUGUGCCGCGUCUGUCUCGGGAAGCCGGCGGAGAGUGAGGACACGCGGGCUCGCCCUCGCCGACGGGGGCGCGGGGCCGCCGCCGCCUUCCACGUCCACGCCGCCGGGAGCAGCGCCGCGGCCCGGGCCCGCCCGCCGCCGCCGCCCCCCGCUCCCCGCUCGCAGGCCUCGCGGCCGCGGCGGCCACCGCGACAGCGCCGCUCCUCCCCCACCCCUCCCCUCGCCCCCCGCCCGGGCCCAGUCGGCGCCCCACCCCCGCCCGCCCGCCCGCCCGCCCGCCCGCUCCGCCGCCGCCGCCGCCAUGUCGGCGCAGGCCCAGAUGCGCGCGAUGCUGGACCAGCUGAUGGGCACCUCCCGGGACGGGCCCUGGUGGUGGCAACCGCCUGUGUGCCACUGAAAAUCGUGCCGAUGCCUGGCAUACUGCAUAAAUGGAAGCAGGGUACCGCGUUCAAUGUAUCUAUGCCUGCCUACUUCAAUCUGCAAGGGAGUUUCAGAAAGGCCCCGCAUUCGCCGAGCCGAGAUACUACUCGACAACGAAUCAAAUUCAGCGAUGACAGAGUAUGCAAGAGCCACCUUCUCAACUGUUGUCCCCAUGAUGUCCUUUCUGGAACUAGAAUGGAUCUUGGAGAAUGCCUGAAAGUCCAUGACCUGGCUUUAAGAGCAGACUAUGAAAUUGCAUCCAAAGAACAGGACUUUUUCUUUGAACUUGAUGCCAUGGAUCAUCUGCAGUCCUUCAUUGCAGAUUGUGAUCGAAGGACAGAAGUGUCUAAGAAAAGAUUAGCAGAGACUCAAGAAGAGAUAAGUGCUGAGGUGGCAGCAAAGGCAGAGCGUGUUCAUGAGUUAAACGAAGAAAUAGGUAAAUUGUUGGCCAAAGUGGAACAACUAGGAGCUGAAGGAAACGUGGAAGAGUCUCAGAAAGUCAUGGAUGAAGUAGAAAAGGCACGGGCAAAGAAAAGAGAAGCAGAGGAAGUUUAUCGCAAUUCUAUGCCGGCCUCCAGUUUCCAGCAGCAGAAACUUCGAGUCUGUGAAGUCUGCUCUGCAUAUCUAGGUCUUCACGAUAAUGACAGGCGGCUUGCUGACCAUUUUGGGGUAAACUGCACCUGGGAUUUAUUGAAAUAAGAGAAAAACUCGAAGAAUUAAAGAGAGUUGUGGCUGAGAAGCAGGAGAAAAGAAACCAGGAGCGUCUGAAACGAAGAGAGGAGAGGGAGAGAGAAGAGCGGGAGAAACUGAGGAGGUA